AGACAGAAGGAAAGAGGUACUCAGACAAAUCACAUGACCCGUUUCCUACAUCUUUGCUUCUCUAUUUUGGACAUCCAUCGUUUAUUCUUGAGAAUUGGGUUGAAAGACUAGUCAACAUUUCACUAGCGCGGAACAAAACUAUUUGGGAAAUUGAAUCUAUAAACAGGAAUCGACAUGUCAGAGUCCAUUGUUCCCCCUGAAGUGAGACCCAAACCUGCUGUCCCUGCCAAGCCCCCUCAUGUGGCAGCACCAUCCCCCACAGCACCCCAUGGACCAUCAGGGCUAGGUGGCGGGGUCGGGGUUGAUCGAGUUCCAGGGUUGGGACACUCUGGCGGUGGAUCCACGUUGCUGGGAUACAUUGGGAUUGACACCAUCAUCGAGCAGAUGAGGAAGAAGACCAUGAAGGCUGGUUUCGACUUCAAUAUUAUGAUAGUGGGUCACAGCGGGCUGGGGAAGUCAACGCUGGUGAACACGCUGUUCAAGUCCCAGGUCAGCAGGUGGAGCUCAGGAUGGGGCAGCGAGCAUAAGAUCCCCAAGACAGUGGAGAUCAAGGCUGUGUCCCACGUGAUCGAGGAGGGCGGAGUGAAGAUGAAGUUGACAGUAAUCGACACACCGGGUUUUGGUGAUCAGAUCAACAAUGAAAACUGCUGGGAUCCCAUCUCCAAGUACAUCAACGAACAGUAUGAGAAGUUCCUGAAGGAAGAGGUCAAUAUUGCCCGAAAGAAGCGAAUCCCUGACACCAGAGUUCACUGCUGCCUCUACUUUAUCUCCCCAACGGGACACUCUCUUCGACAGCUAGACAUUGAGUUUAUGAAGCACCUAAGUCGUGUGGUGAACAUCAUCCCCGUCAUUGCCAAGUCUGACACCAUGACCCCUGACGAGAAGAAUGAGUUCAAACACAGGGUGAGGAAGGAGCUGGAGACGCAUGGGAUUGAGUACUACCCGCAGAAUGAGUUUGAUGAUGAUAUGGAGGAUAAGAAUGAAAAUGACAAGAUUAGGGAGACCAUGCCCUUUGCAGUGGUGGGCAGCGACAAGGACUUCCAAGUGAACGGCAAACGGGUUCUGGGGAGGAAGACAGCCUGGGGUGUGGUAGAAGUUGAAAAUCCCAAUCACUGCGAAUUUGCUCUGCUACGAGAUUUCCUCAUCAGGUCUCACCUCCAGGACCUGAAGGAAGUUACCCACAACAUCCACUAUGAAACCUACCGCGCCAGGAGACUCAACGACAACGGAGGUCUGCACCCCAUCUCGGCCAACAACACUCAGGAGAGCAACCUUUAAAUUUAGGACUAGGGAUUAAGGAAAGAGAGAGAUCAAAAGAUAUUGAUCGACAAAUCUAUGUUGUGAUAUGAGCAUCACUGCAUGCUUUGGAGAACAUUAUAGAUGUGGAAUUCAUUGUCAAAAUAUCAUGUUAGGAGAGCUUUCAUUCCAAAACACGUCCUACGUCUCCCUUUCCUCCGCCCGUCGUCCUAAACCACCCACACUCAUAUCCCAGUUACACCUGGGAUUAACCUUUGAUCCUGCAAUCCAAAACAAGGCCAACCCCAGUGUUUCCCCUAUAUGCAUUUAGCAUCGGCGCAAUAAAUAGUGGCCGCCACUGCAAAUGUAUUUAGUUAUUUUUGUUAUAAUGUAGAUGUGUAGAUGUAUGCCCCAGGAAGACCCCAUCCGCCGCCCCCCGCAGGAAGACCCAAGGAAGACCCCAUCCACCGCCCCCCGCAGGAAGACCCAAGGAAGACCCCAUCCACCGCCCCCCGCAGGAAGACCCAAGGAAGACCCCAUCCACCGCCCCCCGCAGGAAGACCCAAGGAAGACCCCAUCCACCGCCCCCCGCAGGAAGACCCAAGGAAGACCCCAUCCACCGCCCCCGCAGGAAGACCCAAGGAAGACCCCAUCCACCGCCCCCGCAGGAAGACCCAAGGAAGACCCCAUCCACCGCCCCGCAGGAAGACCCAAGGAAGACCCCAUCCACCGCCCCCCGCAGGAAGACCCAAGGAAGACCCCAUCCACCGCCCCCCGCAGGAAGACCCAAGGAAGACCCCAUCCACCUCCCCCCGCAGGAAGACCCCAUCCGCCACCCCCAGCUAAAUCUGCAACCCAAAGAAUUUUGGGAUUGAAGGGAAUGAAUCAAAUGAAGUACUUCAAAUUUGAGGGAAAUCCCUUUAUUCAUAAAAAAUGGAUUUCCUAUUUCCGCUCACCUUGUGCUCUACUCAUCCUUGCCCUGUAAGUAUACAGUAUGUUAUGUAGCUGCCACCAUAAGAAUUGAUUUUGUGCUGAAAUACUUUAUGAUGGGGCUGGUAAAUGAGCACCUCAACUUCCACGGAAGCAUUGUGACGUAAAUAUAAAUUGACAAAGGGAUUUAUUCAUUUACAAUUUUGGUAUUUUGUAACUUUAUCUUUAAAUUGCACAAAAUAUAGAAAUCACAGUCUGAAAUGUUCUUUGCCAUGCACAACUUUUGUGGGCUUUUUUGAAAUCUCUGAUGUCAAAGUGACGUGCCAAUUCCCUUUAACGCCGGCUUUCCUUCUCUGCCACACGAGGGCAGCGCUUCCCUGCGCAUACUCACCCUGUGACAGGAAAUGGUUUACUCAUAGACUUAGAUAGAUGUCUCUUUUUAGUCCUGUAUCUAUCUCUAUUGUUUACUUCCCUCCCUCCUAUUCACUCCCUCCACUUCAUCUGGUGACCCAUGCCCAGUGCAUGUUUACAACAAGUCCUCCAUUACCAGAGUAAUCAUUCCAAACCGAUCAGUUAUGACAUGGUAAUGUUUACCAAGGUUUCUUAUGGAAAUCACCCUUCGAUAGAGCACAGGUAUUCCAGAAGUAGCCUACAAGCGAUUAAGUUUCACUAUAUUUAUCAAACAAUUCACUUUUAUUCUAAACUGGGUUUCCCCGCAAAUGUUUUAUACAAUCAUACAGCGUGUGUGUGUUUGUAUGUGUGUGUGAGUGAGUGAGAAGUGACUCAAUUUGGUGUCUAACGUUUGGAAAUGUGUAGUUGUAUAUCAUUAGUGUGGUAUUAGUGAAGACGUUUUUUCAAGGAACAAUUUAAAUAAUACAAAAAAACAACUUGUUUCUAUACAAUGUUUUUAUGUGUGCAUGUCAGGAAACAUCUCUCCUAGUCCUUCUGUCAUUUUCAUUUAAGGAUAUCCCCAGCUCGCAUAUCAAUGCACAGUCAUUUCAAUACAUUAACCAUUUUUGAACGUGGUGUGUACAUCAACCAACCUCUAAUAACAAUGCAUCACUAAAACUCCAGUAACUCAAAUCAUUCCACAUAUCUUAAAAACAGAAGUGAAACUUUUGGCUGUGAAUUUCCUGUUAUUGUUUCAUUUAAAACCCAUUUUUCUUAAAAGUUGUUCUGGUAUGCUGCGAUGUCAUUUCAGUAUUGCAUUCAUUAUUUAUAUGUUCAUGUAUUAUUUAUAGUAAUUUAUUGUUUAUUUAAUAAAAAUACUUUUGCCAUC